AUGCCACAAGUACAAGGAAGUAAUAUUUUAAAAAUGUUAAAAGACGAAGCACCAGAGGACAGACGUAUUAACUCAUUUCCAGAGCCAUACAGACUAGAAUAUACUCCCUAUCACACAAUCAAUUUUAGUGAAAGGGCUUACAAGAAAUGUUUAGAAGAAAAAAUAAAUUGGCUAAAGUUGUCUAAAGUAAUAGUUAUCGGAGACGUAUCGGUUGGGAAAACUUCAAUAGUAAACAGGUUUUGUAAAAAAAUAUUUGAUUCUAAUUACAAAUCAACUAUUGGUGUGGAUUUCGAAGUAGAGCGAUUCGAUAUACUACGCGUGCCAUAUAAUUUACAAAUAUGGGAUACGGCUGGACAAGAGAGAUUUAAGUCAAUUGCUCAGUCUUAUUACAGAGGAACACAAGCAAUAAUUGUAGUAUUUGAUUAUACAAAUGUAGAGUCUUUAUAUCAUUGUAAAAAUUGGUUAAGUGAAGCUUUGACUGCGUCAUCUUCGCUAUGCCCUUUUAUAUUUUUGGUGGGAACAAAACUGGACUUAAUGAAAAAAUAUGCAUUGAAAAAUAUGGAAGUAAGUGUAAAGAAAGUUGCAAAACGGAUAAAUGCCGAGUACUGGUCAGUCUCCUCAAAAACUGGGAAAAACGUUAAUAAUCUCUUCUUCAGAAUUGCGGCGUUGUGUUUUGAGGAAUCCAUAAAAAGAGAGUUAGAACUAAAGGAAAAAGAAGUUUUAAUUGGAACGAAAUUAACAUCUUCUAACAAAAAUGACCAACGAGAGUUUAAAAGCAAGUGUGAAGGUUUAAAAUGUGUUAAAUAAAAUUUUAUCCGUC